UUCAGCAGAGUAACAAGACUUCCUAUUAUAUCUGCUGCCAUCCAGCUGAAAAUAAUGGCUCCAAAGACUGUACUCAUCACAGGUUGCUCCUCAGGAAUUGGACUGGCCUUGGCUGUAAAAAUGGCUAGAGAUGAACAGAAAAGAUUUAAAGUGUAUGCUACCAUGCGGAAUCUGACCAGGAAAGACAAACUUGUAGAAGCUGCAGGCAACACCUUGGGUAAAACCCUGGAUAUUAAACAACUGGAUGUCUGCAGUGAAGAGUCUAUUAAAACUUGUGUCAGUAGCAUCCCAGACAGAAGGAUUGAUAUCCUAGUUAGCAAUGCUGGAAUGGGACUAAUUGGACCUAUUGAAUGCCAGACCAUAGAUGAGAUGAGAACUGUGAUGGAUACAAACUUCUUUGGAUUGGUUCGACUCUUGAAGGAGAUUUUACCUGAUAUGAAGAAGAGAAAGAGUGGACAUAUAGUUAUAAUUAGUAGUGUCAUGGGAAUACAAGGUAUUUUGUUCAAUGAUGUUUAUGCUGCAUCUAAAUUUGCUGUGGAAGGAUUCUGUGAAAGCUUAGCAAUACAAGCACUGAAAUUUAAACUACAGCUAAGUCUGAUUGAGCCAGGUCCAGUGAUCACAGAAUUUGAAAAAAAGGUGUUUGAAGAUGGAAUGAAAAUGGAUCUUUCAGCUGCCGAUGAAGAAACUGCGGAUAUGUUUACUAAUAUUUACCUUAAAAAUUACAAACAGAUUUUCCAAAGCCUGGGACAGAGUGCAGAGGACAUAGCAGAGCAUACAGUAAAGAUAAUUCUUACAGAAAAUCCACCUUUUCGCCAUCAGACCAACACUUUAUACACCCCCAUGACAACCUUGAAAUAUGCAGAUCCAAAUGGAGAUCUCCCUAUUGAUACCUUCUACAAAAUGGUUUUUCAGCAUGAUAAAAUCUUCAGUGCAAGCCUUAACUUCAUCAAACUGCUAAGAUGGAGAAGCAGAAAAAGCUUUGAUUUAGGAAAUCCUUCACAAUGAAUCUGUGUGCUACUGUGUGCAUCUGGAUCACUGGUUUAUAGUGCUGAUAUCACUAGUUCAUAGUGUUGAUAUGCUAUUUUGAGAAAUAGCUUUGCAAUAUAAUUGAUUACAAAAAUACAUUCAAGAUGUUUGGUUAUUGAGCUUAACUCAGGUAUCUAUGCUGAUUAACUUUUAUUUUGAACUUCAAGUUUCGGAUGCUUUGAAGUAAAAUGUUUUUACCCAUGUCAAUUAUUGUCAAAAGUAUACGAACAAUAUUUCAGCUGUGUUCCUCAUAGACAUUUAUGACUGCUAUUUUUCUGAGCAUCUGCAAAUCAAUUGUCAGACAUCUCCCUUCAGCAUUUAUUAGAAAUAAAAAGAAAAGAUACUGAGAUAAAUACGAUGUGUAUAUCUUAUUUGUAGAAAAACCUCAUGUUAGUAUUGUAAAAAGUAUUGAAUUGCUUUGCUAAUGUUCUAGUGAUUCACUUAAAUCACCUUGUUCUAUAGUGCUGUGCCUAAAAGGAUUAGAAUAAACGACCUGUUAAAAGCCUAAAAAGUUGCAAGCAUUUUUAUAGAUUUAAAAUGUAUUUAAUAUUUAUGUUCGUAUUUUAGGCAUCAAAGUAACUGCUAUGAUAUUGGUAAAUGCCUUAUGAUUAUUUCAGUGUUUUCUUAGGAACACAAGUCGAUAUACUCACAAUUCUUCAAACCUGAGAGCCUAAAGCUAAGCUCCUAAAUCCAUAUUUAGACAUCUGGAUAGAAGUGGACUGCUAUUCAGUGGUGCUAUGCACCUGCAGCUCCCACUGAAGUCCAUGCAAAUUAAAUUCAUUAAGUGCCUUUGAAAAUCACAACACUAUCUGAAUGUCACAAUGUGAAUUUAAGACACUGGCCUUAGGCACCUGCAUUUGACAAUUUCAUAGAAGUUGACUAGACAUGUCUUUAUGCUUUCAGGUUUGAAAAUUAAGAUGUUUUACAUAGUUAUAUUUGAGGGUCUGGAGCAUGAGUGUUUGUAUGCAAGUAUGUAGAUGAACCAGUAGCUUCAAUAAGGUCAGCAGUGUUUGUGGGAAUAGGAUUUACUAAUUGUGCUAUAGUAUACAAGCUGGAGAUCUAUGUAGUGGGAUUUGUAAAUAUCUUGGCAACACAGUACAUAAUUAGAAUUUAAAGAAUGUCAUCAGACAAUAAUUUUAUAGCAAAGUCAAAUUUUAAACUGAAUUCAAUAGUAACCCUUUACAUUUCACAUUGCUUUACUGAAAUGGGUAUGAAAAAUUGGUUUUCACAUAACAGAAAGAAUUAAGCAUAACAAUUUAAAUUUACAAAUUUAAGCUUGAUGCUAUUAUAACCCUUUUGCUUUUUAUAAGGUCCUUUUUUGAAUAAUAUUAAAAACUGAACAUAAGAAUGGCCAUACAGGGUCAGACCUAGCCCACUAUCUUAUCUCUGACAGCGACCAGUGACCUCAUAUGCUUCAGAGGGAAUUAACAGAAUGGAGCAAUUAUUGACUGAUCCAUCCUCUGUAGUCCUGUCACAGCUUCUGAUAGUUGGAGGUUUAGGGUUGCAUCCCUGACCCUCUUGGCUAAUAGCCAGCAAUGGACCUAUCCUCCAUGAACUUCUUUAUUUAAGCCAGUUAUGCUUUUGGUGUUCACAACAUCAUAUGACAAUGAGUUCCAUAAGGCUGACUGUGCAUUGUGUGAAGUAAUGCUUCCUCUUUUGUUCGUUUUAAACCUACUACCUAUUAAUUUCAUCAGGUGACACCUAGUUCUUGUGUUAGGUGAAAGGGUAAAUAACACUUCCUUAUUCACUUUCUUGCUACCAUUUAUGAUUGUAUAAGGCUCUAUCAAUCAUAUUCCCCCCUUUGUCAUCUCUUUUCUUAGCUGAGCAGUGCCAGUCCCUUUCAUGGAAGCUGUUCCACACCCCUAAUCCUUCUCAUUGCCCUUCUUGACACUUUUUAUAAUUUUAGUAUCUUUUUUUUUUUUUUAGAUGAAGCAAUCAGAACUGCAUGCAAUACCUUGGAUUUAUAUAGGGGCAUUAAGAUAUUUCCUUUUUUUAAUCUACCCCUUUCCUAAUGGCUUUUAACAUUGUUAGCUUUAUUGACUGAUACUGUCCAACGAACAGAAGUUUUCAGGGAACUAUCCAUAAUGACCCCAAGUUUGAGUUUUAGAGUGGUUACAUCUAGUUUAAAUCUCAUCAUUUUGUACUAUAGUUGGGAAUAUUUUUCCAACAUACUUUAUUUUGAGUUUAUCAACACUGAAUUUCAUCUUUUGUUAUCCAUAGCCCCUUACUGAGAUCCUUUUGUAAUUCUUUUUAACUAUGCUAAGUAACUUUGUAUCUUCUGCAAAUUUUACAUCCUUACUAGUCACCCUUCUAUUUCAAAUCAUUUAAGAAUUUUUUAACACAGUCCCAGCACAUAUCCUAGCAGGACCCUGCUAUUUAAAUUUUUUCACAGUGGAGAGAGGUAUUCCUACUCUUUGUUUCCUAGCUUAUUUAACAGUAGCAUUUAUGAGAGGACCUUCUGUCUUAGCCCAUGAUUGGUUAAUUUGCUUUAGAGUCUUUAGUGAAGGACCUUGGACUUUCAGAAAGUUUUUGGCAGGUAUGCUAUAUCCAUAUGCUUUCCCUCUCUCAAAAAAUUUCUAAUAGGUUGGUGAAGCACAAUUUCCCUUAAAAAAGCCUUACUGACUCUUCCCCAGCUAUGUCUGAUAAAUGAUAUAGUUCCAACUAAUUUGCCUAGUUGGGAAGUAGGCUUAUUUCCUAGAAACAGGCAUCAUGCUAGCUACCCUAUAUUCAUAUGGUAUACAAGCUAAUUUAAAGUCUCAGAGGGUUAGCUGUUUUAGUCUGUAACGACAAAAAAAUUAGACAAAUUCUGUUUUAGCAUCUUAGAGACUAACCAAAAAAUAU